AUGGAUGCCUCCUCAGCGGUUGCUGCAGCAGCUGCAGCAGCAGCUCCCAUUCUGCCCGACCGGCAGCAGGAGGAGCAGCAGCAACGGCAGCAGCAGCAGCAGCAGCAGCAACAGCAGCAGCAGCGGCCGCAGCAGCAGCAGCUGCAGCAGCGACCGUUUGAAAGAGGAGCUUUUUUGUGUCCUCCUCCUCCACCUCCUGUCCCCCCCUAUGGGGCGCCCUUCUCAGCUUCAGCAGCAGCAGCAGCAGCCGCAGCAGCAGCAGCAGAAAACCCAAUGUCUGUGCAUGUUUGGGGCGUGAAUUACUUCUGCCGCUCCGUGACUUUGGCUGCAACUGCCGCAGCAGAGGAGGCUGCUGCUGCAGCUGCUGCUGCUGCUGAGGCAGCAGCAGCAGGAGACGGAGUUAACAAGCCUUGCGGGGCCUCAGCAGCAGCAAUAGGAGCGUUGCUGAGGGCUCUGCUGUCAGAGGAAUCUCUCUCUACAGACCCUUUUCUUGCUGCUGCUAUACAGCCGGGGGAGUGGCUGCUGCCUCUCUCCGUGCUGCUAGCACAUCCAGCUGUUCUUUGCUGCAGCUGCACACGAGAGAACCUCUUGCAGGCCCUCUCCUCUCUUCCAGAUAUUACCUUGGUGCAGCGUCACCGCCAGCAGCAGCAGCAGCAGCAACAGCAGCAGCAGCAGCAGCAGCAGAACGAGCAAGAACAGGGCUCCGGUCAGCCACCCGCGGCGCCUGCUGAAGCCGCAGCAGGUGAAGACAACCAGCAACAGCAGCAGCAGCAGCAGCAGCAGGAAGAGGAUCAGGCAGCUGCAGAUAGUGAGGGCAGCAGCUGCAGCCCAGCUAACACGGAGGCGGAAGCAGCAGCAGCAGCUGCUGCUGCAGCAUUGAGGGAAGAGCCCCCUUCUCUAGGCGUCUCGAAUAACGCCAGUGGAGACGCGAGUCCCUUCACAGAGACAACUUCUGCCACUCCAAGCAGCAGCAGCAGCAGCAGCAGCAACAGCAGCAGCAGCAGCAGCAGCUGCCGUUAUGGGGUUGAGGAGUUCUUGUCUCUUGCACGCCUCAUGGAGAGAGCAAGAAAUACUCUUGUGCUGCGCGACUUACCGCCAGAGACAACUAAGGACGACGUCCUCGCUAUUCUUCGCAAGGCCCCGCUGCUGCAGCAGCUGCAGCAGGAGCAGCAGCAGCAGCAGCAGGGAAGGCAGCAGAAGGCGGCGCACCAGGACGGUGAGGAAGAGCUGUCGCCUCAGAGUGAAGACAGCCACCAGGAGCAGGAGCAGCAGGAGCAGGGGCAGGAGCAGCAGCAGCAGCAGCAGCAGCAGCAGCAGGAAGAAGAGAGCUGGUGCAGCAUACGAAAAGACGUAAACGACACCUGGUUUGUGUCUCUUAAGGGUUCCGUGCCUACGCAGGAGGUGGCGCUGUGGCUGCGCUCGCAGCAAUUCAAUGGUAAACCGCUGCAGGUUGGGAUUAAGGCAUCGCAUGCGCUUCACCGCGUCGUUUCGGCACAAGCCACAGCAGCAGCAGCAGCAGCAACAGCAGCAGCAGCAGCAUCAGCAGCUGCAGCGCCUCAGUUCUUUCCAGCUCCCCCUAUGACUCCCCUUGGGCUAGCAGCACCCCCGUCACCUUACGGGGUGCUUCCUGCUGCUGCUGCUGCAGCAGCAGCAGCAGCAGACAUGGGAGCUGUGCUGUCUGCACCGCGUCAGCAGCGCCGCACAGUGCGCCCGCAGCGCAGCAGCAACAGAGGGCGGCGAGCAGCAGCAGGUUUCCCUGCUGCGGGCAGCUAUCCAUCUGUGGGGCCCCAGGGCCCCGCGCAGGGUUACAGCAGACUGCCGCAGCUGCAGCAGCUGCAACAGCUGCAGCAGCAGAUGCCUCCCUACCCUCUCGAGACAGACAUGCAGCAUUUCAUGUGGCCUCCGCACGCUCCCAUGCAGCGGCAUCAUUUGCUGCAGCGACAUCACCUGCUGCAGCAGCAGCAACUUAUGGGUUGCUGCUUCUUCCCUCCACCUCAACAGUCACCCCCUGCUGCUGGAGCUCCUUUAAACAGCACGCACAGGGGGAGGGGUAGGGAGGCAGCAGCAGCAGCAACGCCAGCAGCGGAAACAGAGGAUUUCCGCAGGGGCCAGCAGCAGCAGCAGCAGCAACCGCAACAGCUGCUGCCGCCGCCGCAGCAGCUCUUCUACGCCGCACCAGGCUUCUUCUCUCCUCAUAUGUUUGUCCCUGUGCCUUUUGCGGCAGCGCGGCCGAUGCCUCCCUAUAUGCAGCAGCAACAGCAGCAGCAGGCGCAGGGCUUUUCUUCCCCGCAGCAGCAGCUGCAGCAGCAGUUGCAGCAGCAGCAAGGCUUCCGAGGUAGAGGAGGCUUUGGAGGCAGGGGCCGCAACAACGGCAGGUGGUGGGGCCCCGGGCGGAAUGCAGCUCCUUUGGGGGCCCCGCGAAGCACUCCAAAUGGAGCUCUUAGUCGCGGAGGCGGGAGAAGGAGAGGCCCGGGGACACCUUGGAGCAGCAGGGGGGGCCCUGCUGCAGCAGAUGAGCAGCAGGAGCAGCAGCAGCAGGAACAGGAGCAGCUGCAGCAGGAACAGGUGCAGCAGCAGGCCGCUCUAGGCGACCCCACAAGGGGUGCAGCAGGGCCAGAGUGCGGCGGCAGCGCCAGUGAACCAUCAACAGCAGGAACGGGGAGAAGAAGCACACCAGCAGCAUCUGCAGCAGGAGCAGGAGCAGCAGCAGCAGGAAUCAACGGAGGGCGCAGCAGGCAGCAGCAACCUCCUCUGGAGGCAGCAGACUUCCCUCCUCUUGGUGCUGCAGCAGCGCUGGCGAAGACCCCCAGGAUGUCUGCGCAGCGUAAAGCGCAGAGCAUUUCCCGUGCUGCAGAGAAGGCGGAGGCCAGCGAGACGAGCCAACCCACAGCGUUCUGCUGUGUUGCUGCUGCUGCUGCUGGUGCAGCAGCAGCAGCAGCAGGAGCUGUUCGAUGCUGCACCUCCGAAGGGAAGUGGACAACGGGAGCUAAGGGCUCAUCGUUUCGGCUGCUGCGGUCGCAGCAGAAGCAGCAGCAACAGCAGCAGCAACAGCAGCAGCUGGUGCUACUGGUGUAA